AUGUACGUACAUACGAUAACAGAUCCUAUAUAUUUUAUAAACGCUUGUUCCAAUGCCGCUGCACUACGUCUCCUAGAGGCCGCGCGGACAGGUGAUGUGGAGACUGCCCGCGCGAUUUUAGACGCGCGACCUCGCCUCGUCAACUGCAGGGAUGUGGAUGGACGGCAUUCGACGCCCCUGCAUUUUGCUGCUGGAUACAACAGGCUACCUCUAGCACAGAUACUUCUGCAGCGAGGGGCAGACGUCCAUGCGAAAGAUAAAGGCGGUCUUGUGCCCCUUCACAACGCGUGUUCCUAUGGGCACUACGAGGUGACGGAGUUGUUGGUGUCGGCCGGCGCGGGCGUGAAUGCGGCGGACCUGUGGCGCUUCACUCCGCUGCACGAGGCGGCUGCUAAGGGCAAAGCGGACAUUGUUAGGUUAUUAUUGAAGCACGGCGCGGAUCCGACACGACGUAACCGCGAUGGCCUCACGCCGUUGCAGCUGGUGCGGGCCGGCGACAGCGACACAGCAGAUGCGCUACGAGGUGAUGCGGCAUUGCUGGAUGCUGCCAAGAGAGGAGAUCUGGCGAGAGCUAAGAAACUAAUAACGCCGCAAAACGUGAACUGCAGAGAUGCGCACGGUAGGAACUCCACACCGUUACAUCUUGCUGCGGGCUACAACAACCUGGAGGUGGCGGAGGCGCUGCUGGAGGCGGGCGCGGCGGUGUCGGCGCGCGACAAGGGCGGGCUGGUGCCGCUGCACAACGCGGCCUCGUACGGCCACGUGGAGCUGGCGGCGCUGCUGCUGCGCGCGGGCACUCCGCCCAACGCCGCCGACCGCUGGGGGUUCACGCCGCUGCACGAGGCCGCGCACAAGGCCAGGACCCAGCUGUGUGCUCUCUUGCUCGCCCACGGCGCAGACCCGUUCCUCAAAAACCAAGAAGGCCAAACAGCUUUAGAACUGGCGGGCGCUGAUGAUGUCAGGAGUCUCCUCCAGGAUGCCAUGACCGGGUCCGGAGACGAGGGCGUGUGCCCCGCGCCGCCCGCGCCCCCCGCGCCGCCGGCGCCGCCCGCGCCCGUGCUCCUGCCCAGUGGGGAGACUGCUGAGUUGCCUUUGCCUGUAAUGCCCAGUAAUUAUUGGGCGGAAGGUUCUAGAGGCAGUCUCGAGGACGCGGCCGGCAGGCCCGCCUCCGCCUUGUCCACGUCGGAGUCCCUGCACACGUUCCUAUCUAGCAUCGGGCUGGAGCAGCUGGCGGGCGUGCUGGAGCGCGAGCAGAUCUCCGUGGACAUCCUGUCGGAGAUGUCGCACGAGGACCUGCGCGCCGUGGGCGUGGCCGCCUACGGCCACCGCCACCGCCUGCUGCGCGCCGCGCGCCGCGACCUCGCCGCGCACGCGCACUCCCACUCCGAGUGGUACGGCGGCACGACGCUGGUGGAGGUGCCGGCGGGCGAGUGCGGCGGCCAGUUCGCGCUGCUGGAGCGCGAGAUGCAGGGCUCCGUGCGCGCGCACCGCGACCGCGCCGGCGGACACUUCACGCGGUACAACGUCGUGCGGAUACAAAAGAUAGUGAACGGGCGUCUGUGGGAGCGCUACCAGCACCGGCGGCGCGAGGUGGGCGAGGAGGCGGGCGCGCCGCACGAGCGCAUGCUGUUCCACGGCUCGCCCUUCAUCAACGCCAUCGUGCAGAAGGGCUUCGACGAGCGCCACGCGUACAUCGGGGGCAUGUUCGGCGCGGGCAUCUACUUCGCGGAGCACUCGUCCAAGUCGAACCAGUACGUGUACGGGUUCGGCGGCGGCGCGGGCUGCCCCGCGCACAAGGACCGCGGCUGCUACGUGUGCCCGCGCCAGCUGCUGCUGUGCCGCGUCGCGCUCGGCCGCGCCUUCCAGCUGGCCAGCGCCAUGAAGAUGGCGCACGCGCCGCCCGGACACCACAGCGUGGCCGGCACGCCCAGCCAGGGCGGCCUCUGCUUCCCCGAGUACGUCGUGUACCGCGGCGAGCAGGCGUAUCCAGAGUAUUUGAUAACGUAUCAAAUAGUGUGCGAGGAGGGCUCCGGAGUC